CGUAAGUAAGCACGCGCAGGUGAUUCAGGCGUGUGAGUUAUCAAAACUGAUCAAAACGGUAGUAGCGUGGUGAAGAACUCGAUCAAAUGGAGUUGUUUUUGUGUGUUUAAUGCGUAGUGUCAAUUAACGAUAUAGUUUUUACCGGAGUGACUUACCAUUGACGUGCGAAAUAUUAUCGUCGUUAGUCGACCUUUCAUUAUUCCGGUACAACAGGAAAUAUGAUAAUUGCCCCUAUAGUUGAUUAGCUGCUGGCGUUGAUAAUAACAUGCUGCUAAUAUAUGAUAAGCCUGUACCGUGUACGUCUGCACACCAUUUGGAAUUAAUAACGGCGGAACGAUCCUUGAACAGUCCGCGGUCGGUGUUUGGCAGCGAACCGAUUCAGAAGGUGACAGAUGUUUCGUAAAGUAACCUGAAAUAUUUCCUGGUAUCGUUUGAUCGUUCGACAUUCACAUCGUCGGGUACGAGUAAACAGUUACAAUGCCGUUAAUCUUGUAUGUGGGACUAUAUUUGUUACUUUUUGGUAGUUGCAUCGGUGAUUUCUCUGACUGGGAAACUAAAUGGCAAAUAUUAUGCCCUGGUUUAUAUCCCACAGUGUACACAAGUUACACACCUCGAGGAAAUUUGUCCAGUGGAAUAUAUGCUAGUCAGCCACACUUGAAUGGUCUUCAGCAUUGCAUUGCUGCCUGUUGCACUAAACCUAAGUGCAAUGUGGCCCUUAUGCAUAAUAGUACUUGUUACCAUCUGCAAUGUGAAAAUUCCAAGAUAUGUUUACCUUUAUAUAGAGGCGAUUUAGCUAGUGAAAGUCCACCAAGUAUGGUCUUAGUUAAGCCUGUAGAGGAAGAUGAAAUGUGGAGUGAUUUAUUGAAACAUAUGGACGAAGAUACUGGUCCUCCUCUUAUGGAUGGUGCAGACAGAUAUCAUAUUCUUUUUGGUGGGUCCAAUGGUAUGAGUUGUAUCACUCAAGCAACUUGUUUGGAGAAUGAAAUAUGUGUUAAAGAUCCAGAAAAACCCGAUGUUGGCAUAUGUCAAUGUUCCAUUGGCUUUAAACACAAUAUGGAAGGAAUGUGCGUUGCGGAUGAAGAAAUGGAACUCAGUGUAACACCGCAGAUAAAACCACAGAUUCUGAAAGACUCCGGGACAUCAAUGACUCCACCGGUGAAACGUUUGUUAGUUUCGGCUGUUUCAAAGGAAGUUCGUUUACCAGAAAAUGAAGUAACAUUGUCUGCAUACACUGUACCUGCAGAGCAGGAGAAUGAGCAUUAUAACUAUGCCUGGAGCCUUUUAAGUCAGCCAGAAAGUCACACAGGCAUUAUGACUGAUCAGAAUCGUAUGACUGUUAAAUUGAGUAACUUGUCCGAGGGUUUAUAUACAUUUAAGGUGACAGUAAAUAGUCCCAAUGCUUAUGGCGAAGCGUACGCAAACGUCAGCGUUCUACCACCCAAGAGAAUAAAUCAAGCACCAAUAGCUAUAAUUUCACCUGCUUCACAAGUCGUAAAACUACCGAAUACUGGAGCUGUGUUAGACGGGUCAUCGAGCAAAGAUGACGACCGGGUCAUUUCUUAUCACUGGGAAUUGCAACAAGGACCUAUUGGUUAUCAACCUAAUCUAGUCGAUACACCCACGUUGCAAUUAGAUAAUCUAAUUCCUGGCAAUUAUACGUUUAAGUUGACUGUAGAAGAUUCUGAUCACAUUACCAAUUCUACUAGCGCUAACAUAACUGUAUUGAAAGUAACCGAUUAUCCACCUAGUGCAAACGCGGGACAAGAUAUAAUUAUAUACUUACCUCAGAAUACACUUACUCUUAAUGGUAACUUAAGCACAGACGAUCACGGAAUAGCGAGCUGGGAGUGGACAAAAAGUCCCUCUGAUCAAAACAAAGCGGUGGAUAUGCAAAACACAAGGACUCCGUACUUACAACUGUCCAAUUUAGAGGAGGGAAUGUAUACGUUUGUGCUAAAAGUAACAGACGAUUCCGAGCAGUCUUCAACAGCUGAGGUUCACGUGUUUGUGAAACCACCAACGAAUAAACCACCCAAGGCUGACGCAGGCGAAGAUAUAACGAUAGCUCUGCCUGAAACAAAAACUCUACUAGAUGGUCACAAAAGUAAAGAUGAUAUUAAAAUUGUCUCAUAUCAUUGGGAACAAGUCAGUGGGCCCAGCAAUGCAGAAUUCUCUGCAGUUAACGAAUCAAUUACCAAUGUAACAAAAUUAACCAAGGGUGACUAUGAGUUUAAGUUAACUGUAAUCGAUGAUAACGGAAAUAAAGAUUCUGAUACCGUGAAUGUAAAAGUUACACAAAAUAAAAAUGCGCCUCCUAAAGCAAACGCGGGAGGUGAUCAGAUUGUAAACGCGCCCAUCGGUGCAUUGAUCAUUAAUGGAUCUCAAUCAACUGAUGACUUGAGAAUUAAAGAUUGGAUAUGGUCAAGAGAUUCCUCUAGUCUUGCUAUUGGUACUAUAAUUCAAGAUACAGAUAAGUCACCGGUUUUAAUGCUAACUGAUAUCGUCCCAGGUAGAUACGUUUUUAAAUUGAAAGUGGUGGAUGACCAAGGUCUCAGUAGCGAAGACACUGUGUCGGUUAUAGUAAAACCGGAUCCGCAAUUAUUACACUUGGUUGAACUCACAUUAAAUAUCGGAGCAAACAUGCUCACAGUGUCUCAAAAAGAUUCAUUGGUAGUAAAGUUACAAAUGUUACUGCGAGAUGAAGCAUCAAUUAUUGUACAGAACUUAAGAGCAGAACCUCAUACUGGCAGAGCAGUGCUAGUAUUUUAUGUUGCAAAGAAAGGAGGACAAACUACUAUGCCGGGACCGGAAGUGGUUAAGCGGUUGAAGGAAAAACUAAGACAAGAUUCCGGGCUUCUUCAGUUAUCUGUCGCCAACAUCGACACUGUUCUGUGUCAAAAUAAUUGUUCGGGUCAUGGUGUAUGCAAUCAAGAGACAAGGGCAUGUAUGUGUGAAGCAUUUUGGAUGCAAAAUUUAAUACAGAAAUAUUUUGGUAAUGGUGAUUCCAACUGCGAUUGGAGCAUUCUUUACGUGAUCAUCGCACUGCUAUCUUUGGUUGUAUGUUGGGUCGGUCUACUGUGGGGAUUGGUUUGCCUAUGCCAAAGAAUAUGUACGGGGAAGCGACGUUCGCUUCGUGCUAAGAAAAAACCCCCCCGAUACUCCCUGUUACAACCGGUACCGGAAGACGAUAGCAGCACCUUUUCAACGCAUAAAAUGGUGCUAUCUGAAUCAGACACGGACUCUGACGAUGUUUUAUUCGAACACCGUAAGACGAAAAACAGCCAAGCAAGAAACGGUAAAUCACGAAAUGGUUUUAUUAGCCCUUAGCGGACGACGACUUUUUCG